AUGAGUCAAACAAUGAAGAUUUUAAUACCGUUACUUGCAAUCAUUGUCGCUAUAAGUGCAGCUAAAGUUCCACAAGACAGCGAUUAUGACACGAAACACUUGAAAAUUGUCAAAAAAUGCGAAGAUUGGUAUAAAGUUGAUGACACUGAGAAAGCAAUUUGGUGGUCUUGGAAAAUUCCUGUUCAACACAAACAUUGCUAUAUGCAGUGUGUCAUGACGUAUUUCAGGUGGAUUAACAGAAGUGGAGGUUUCAAUUUAAACGCCAUCAAAAGAAGUUAUGAAGCUGUUGGGCAUGGAAGUUCGGCUCCGGACAAGAAAUUCUUGGACCAAAAAUGUGGCAAAUUACAUCGCAUUAAAGACCCAUGCAGCAAGUCAAUUUUGUUGUAUGCUUGCUUGUUGGUGAAAUCACCAAAUUUGCAGCAUUUCAAGGAUGCCUUUGAUGGAAAACGCAAUACUGUGUAA